GUGGAGAUGGAGGCAAACGUUGUCUGAUACAUGAUUUUCUUUUUUGAUCAGUACUUUUGUGUUCAGGCUUAAUCUUUUACAGCCCGUGCCUCAUUAGCGCCCGUUAGAGGUGCACAAAUAAUCGAUAUCACGCAAGUCUACGAAUACGACAAUUCUCAUGUCAUAUAUAGUAUUAAAUUAAAUAACCAUGGCUUUAAGAAGCGAAGACGUCAGAACGCAAAUUGAGUCGCCGAACAAGCAGCAGAUCGUACCGGUUGUGGCGCCCGUUAGCGAUUUGAUCGACUUGGACCCGCACUCAGAGCUGUUCCUCGAAACUCCUCCGCCUGAUGUUGUAAGUUCUAUCAAUGCUUGCUUUGAGCAGUUCACCAGCACCUUUGAGAGGAGACGAGAUGCUUCAGUCCACAGAUCUUCUUCGGACAGUGACUCUGGUGAAAGCCUGUUUGUAACACAGUCUAUGACCAAAGCAGUCCGAACUGAAAGACGACAUUCUAGAUCAACUAAGAGACCAGAGUCCAUCUCUGAUGAUACUGGUGAUGAUGGAGUGGGGGUCACCAGCAGCCUCCCAGAGAAUGAAGACACAGAAUAUGAAGAGGGAAGUGAAGGUCUGCAUGCGUUGUGCCCAAAAAGAGGAAAAAGGAUUGAUUAUGUUCCCCCUCAAAAAGCUACUUUUCCCUUUUUGUUGAAAUCGCACAGACAGCGGCACCUGCCCAUGAAGAAGCACCAGAUUCUAGAGAACUCAGAAAUUGGAGGGUUCCUCAAAUGCAUAAAGAAAAUCAAGGAGGGUUAUGUAAAAACAGGAAGAGCAAUCAGUCCAUAUAUGCUGGAGUCUCGGCUAAAUGAUAACUCUGAGGGGGAUGACCACAACAGUGAUCAUGAAGUCACAAAAGUGGAUAAGAACAUUUUUGUUAUAUGUUACGGUAAAGAAAAGAAAAAAUGGCUUACACAAUCCAUCUGGGAGAAGAGGAUUCAGGAUUCACUUUCAAAAGACAACGAAAAACAGUUACUUAAUGUCGAUGGAAAAGAGAAGAAAAGAAAAACUAAAUCUACCAAGGAAAACAAGACCACUGCUUCUGUUAAAAAACAAUCAAAAAAGAAUCGCAAAGUUCCCCAAAGCAAAGCUGUAACCAGGACUUUAUCAGAAUCUUCCUGUGUCUCUCUCUCUGAGGAGCAGGAAAAACAACACAAGACGCAUGAGGUUUUAGCUUCAUGUUCAGAUGCUGAAGACUCAGAUUCUUCCAAUUGCAGACAACCUCUUAAGCAGAUCAUUCAGUGUGCUGAGAACUCGCAUGGAAAUAAUUUAGUGGAAAUUGAAGAGACAGAGAGACACUCUGUAGAGGCAGUCAAUCAAAUGGAGCAGGAGGAUGACAUGAGGUCAGGAACUGACAAUCACCUUAAUUCCAACAAAAGCAAUUUCUUCUUUUCACCCCAAGGGGGAGACAUUUCUGUACAGAAUGAAAUUCAACAGUCUGACAGUGACAUUGGCUCAGUGGACUUAUUCAUGCCAUUGAAUAAACAUAAGAACAAUCAAAUUCAUAAAAACGCAUCUAUUAAAGCGAACAUGGAGGAGAGUGAUCAAGACAGUGAUGUAACUCAAAUAGAGGCUGAAGGACAGUUUGAGUCCAUAUUUGGACCAGGAACACCCAGAUGGUGUGAUGGUGAACAUCAUGCAAAUGAGAACGAUGAAAGUGACAUAACUCAAAUAGAGACGAAAGAAUCUGUGUACGUGUUUGGAACAAGAACACCAACCAAGCGGUUUACAAUUCAAGAUGUCAACAGUACCAAACACACUGAAUUCCAAAAGACAGGCCAGAGUCAUGUUGUCCUACAUACUGAACUGCUGUCAAGAAGGGAGGAUAAAACAAGGCAUAAAAAUAAAAGGAUAAAAUCAAUGUCAUGUUCUCAUAAGGAAACUGAAGUCACAGGAAUAGAGACUGUGACUGUGCAAGCAUCAUCUAAACAUUUACCACUAGCUGAUGAACCAUUAAGAGAAGUUUACUCAAGUUCUGGUGAACAUGUUAUCGUGGGUAAACAAAGAACGGUGGUGGAGAUGGAAACAGAUACUCCAGAUAGUCCUUUGUUUAAAAAUGUUGGAAUGAGCUUUCUUAAACGAAAAAGAAAGGGUAAGAAGAGAAUGGGUGCUGCUAUUUUGAUAGAAUGUGAUACAAAUGUAGAUGUGAGUCAGAAAGUGAGUUCUGUUGAUUAUGUCACUGAACUUAAAACAACAUGCAGAGAAAACAGGGAAUUAUGUGAUGUAGAGAAUCGAGUUACAAACGAAGAGCAAACGGCAACAUCAGUUUUACAAUCAGAGGAGACGUCUGAGCUCUUGGACGAAAUCAUUUUAUCUACAGUGGCAGAUAACAAUGUUUUCAAAAAGGCUAUGAGGAAAAAGAGGAAAAUGUACAAAUUAAAAGAGCAUGAGCAUGUGCAGCCUGGUGUAGAAAAUCAGUUUGUUGAGGCAGUCCAGUUCAGUGAGCCACAAACUACUGAGCUGACACUCAAAAGAACAAAAAAGAAGAGAAAAGACAAAGAGAAGACAAAGACUGCAUAUGUAGAGGGGAAUAGUGCUACAGAGAUCCCAUCAAACGAAACUUUAGACUUCGAUAGACCAGCGGAGUUGACAAUAAAUGAAGGGAAUCAAUCCAGUGCAGCUCCUGAGACUGGUCAACCUAAGCAUACGGAGACAUCAGAGGAAAUUACAGGGUGUCCGUCACCUAAUGUGACUAGAUUAAAAUCAGUGAAGAAGAAAAAGAAAAAAAGAGAUGAGACUGAAGUCUCUCGAUAUGAAUCUGUUGAUCUGGAUGUAAGUUCUAUGUCUCAGUUUGAUGCUGGUCUCAGAGUGUUUGAGCAACAGGAAGAUCAGGUCAAUGAAGAAAGGCAGAGCAAUGACAGUGCAGCUGAACAUUUGGAAGGUAAUACAGCAAGUAUAUUAAAGGUUGCCAAACGCAAGAAGAAAAGUCAGAAUUUAAGUUCUCCUCAAAUUGAUGACAUUAUUGGACUGGAAAAACAAGUAUCAGGCAUGCAGUCAGAGAGCACAGCAGAACCGAAUAAUUUAGGUUCAGAUGACACUGACACUGUUAUCACAAAGGACAAACAGAAAAGGGCAAAAAAGCAGAAACUAAAAGAGCGAAAGACAAUAGAGCUUGCUUCAGAUAUCAAGGACAUUGUACAGUUUCAAUACAGUGAGUCACAAUCUACUGAUUUGCCAUCCAGAAGAACAAAAAAGAGAGCAAACAAGGACCGAGAAAGAACAACAGUUAACUCAUCAAAUGAACUUUUGGAGCACAUUAAUGAUAGAUCUCCAGAAAUGAGAGGAAAUAAUGUGAUUCAAUCCAAUGAGGCCACUGAGACCGAUCAGAUUGAGCAUUUACAGUCAUCAGAGGGAAAUACAAGAUGUCCAUCACUUAGUGUAACUAGAUUAAGCUCAGAAAAAAAAAAAAAAAAAAAAAGGGAUCGGAGUGCGGAACGUCUGUAUGAAUCUGUUGAUUUGAAUCUGGAUGCGAGUUCUGUGUCUCAGUUUGAUGUCACUGGACUAAGAGCACAAAAGAUGAUUGAAAGAAGGCAGAGCAAUGCAGCUGAACAUUUGGAAUGUUAUGCAGCACAUGUUUUAAAUGUUGCCAAACAUAAAAAGAAAAGUCAGAAUGCAAGUUCUCAAUCUCAAGUUGAUGACCUCAUUGGACUGGAAAAUGCUGUGUUAGACUCGCAGUCAGGAAAUACUGCAGAACUUAAACGGAACAAGAAGAAAAAGUACAAAUUAAAAGAGCAGGUGGAUAUAGAGACUAAUGCAGUUACUCAUAGUAUGGACAAUGUUCAUUUGGUUGAGAUGGAUCAGUUCAAUGAGUCACAAACUACUGAGCUGACACUCAAAAGAACAAAAAAGAAGAGAAAAGAGAAAAAGACUGCAUACGAAGAGGAGAAUAGUGCUACCGAUACCCUGUCAAUUGAAUUUUUUGAAGCUACUGAGACCGAUCACCCUGAGCAUUUACAGACAUCAGAGCAAAUUGAACGAUAUCUGUCACCUAGUGUAACAAGAUUUAAAUCUGUGAAGAAAAAUAAAAAGAAGAAUGGCAGGGAAGAGUGUCAGUAUGAAUCUGUUGAUUUUGCUCUGGAUGUAAGUUUGGGGUCUCAGGUUGAUAAUGUAACUGAUGGAUCAACUACUCAACAGUCUAUUGAAAAAAGGCCAAGUGAUGUUGAACAUUUGGAAAGUAAUACAGAAGCUAAAUUAAAUGGCACUAAACGCAAAAAGAAGAGGACAUUUUCUAUUAAUUUCAAUUCUGACUUUAGCUCUUCCUCUGCACAAAUGCAAGAAACUGUAACACCUGAGAGGAAGAUGAAGAAAAAAAGAUUAUGAUUGCAUUACAAAUGUAGGCGGUGAAUUGACUUUGGAAUGUUCUUAUCGUACAGUGCAGUUUGAAAAGCCUCAGAGUCCGAUGUCGAAACCACCUAAGAUGAUUCCAAAGAAAGUGAAAAGAAAAAAAGGAAAUUAAUGAAAGCAUAAUCGCAUACUGGAACGAUAGAGCAGAAU